AUGAAGAUCGAUGUUCACCACCACUUUUAUCCCUCUGCCAUGCGGGAGGCUAUCGAUGCAGCAGGCGGAGACCCCUCUGGCUGGUAUACCCCUCCUUGGACUCUCAAUCUCGACCAGGAAAUCAACCGGAUCCUGAACGUAUCAACCACCAUCCUCUCUGUCACUGCCCCUGGCCCGGUCAUCGCCAAAGAGCCAACCGCUGCCGCUCAACUGGCCCGAGAAUGCAACCUCUCCGCCGCGAAGAUUCGCGAUGCCUCUCCUUCGCAAUACGGCUUCUUUGCCUCGGUACCCUCACUCUUCGACACUGAGCUCGUGCUCGAAGAGAUCAGAUACGCACUAGAUAUCCUCCGCGCAGAUGGAGUGACUCUUUUCACCCGCUACGGCCAGGGCCCCAACUACCUCGGCCAUGAGGCAUUCGCACCAAUCUGGGCUGAACUCAGCCGUCGCCAGGCGGUGGUGUUCAUCCACCCCACCCAUCCCCAGGAUACAUCCUUAAUAAACCCCGCCAUGCCUCAACCGAUGUUCGAUUAUCCGCAUGAGACUGGCCGCACCGCCGUAGACCUCAUCACCUCGGGUCGACUGCGUCAAUAUCCUGGCUGUAAAGUGAUUCUCUCUCACGCCGGAGGUACCUUGCCAUAUCUCAUCCACCGUACGGCCACCAUGCUCCCUUGUAUGCCGCCGGACCGGAACAUCGGAAUCACUCGCGAGGAUAUUAUCGAACAGGCUCGCAACUUCUACUUUGAUACAGCGCUUUCCGCAAAUGAGGUCACCCUCAAGGCUUUGGCGUCAUUUGCUAAUCCCGGUCACCUCCUCUUUGGAAGUGACUUCCCAAAUGCGCCCUCCGAUGCUAUUGUCCGCUUUACCCGUUUUGUGGAGGAGGAGAUGAUAGAUGGAGCUACGGUGGAGGACCUGAAUGAGAAUGCAUUGAAUCUGCUUCCUCGACUGAGACUGAAGAAGGCGGAGGAGAUGAGGAGUGCCACAUUGGAGGCGCAUCUGUAG